AUGGAUGAACAAACCAGUGACAAAGUAGCCAAUCCUGAAGAUGAAUUAAGUGUUUCAAAUGUAUCACUUCAAAUGGCAGAAACAGAAGCAAAGUGGGAUAGGCUUGCCCGAAAACUCACGAAAGCAAAGAGGAAAUCUAAAAGAAAGUCUAUUUGGAAUUUUCAAAAUAUAAUAAUCCUGUUUACAGUCGUGCUCUUCAUUAUAGGAGUUAUAACAUGGACACUACUGUGGCUCUUUAUUGUUCAGGCUGAAAGCAAGGAUGCUUUGUACUUUGUUGGAUUAUUUCGUAUUGCCAAUAUUGAGUUUCUCCACGAGUAUCGGCAGAAGGAGUCAAGGGAGUUCCUUUCUGUGGCACAGAAUGUGCAGCGGGUGAUGAACCUCAUUUAUACCCGUUCUGCUUUCUCCAAAUUUUAUAAGCAGUCUGUUGUCUCAGAUGUCAGUAAUAACAAUCAGGGGGGCCUCCUUGUGCAUUUCUGGAUUGUGUUUGUGGUGCCACAGGCAAAAGGGCACGUAUUUUGCGAAGACUGUAUAGCUGCUAUUUUAAAGAAUUCGAUUCAGACAAGCAUCACCAAUCGAACAUCAAUUGGGAGUCUUCAGGGCCUGGCUGUUGAUAUGGACUCGAUUGUACUUAGUGCUGGGCUCCGAUCAGAUUAUUCUUCUACAACAGGAGCAGGUUCAAACUGCAUGUAUGACCUGUAUGCAGAUCAUCUUCAUCAGCAUUUUCCUUUGGACUUUUCUGCAACACCAGGAAAGAUGAUCUGCUAUUUCAAAUUGAUUGCAUUGGUGGGAUACCUUAUUCGCCUCUCCAUAGCAUCCAUUCAGAUUGAAGCAGACAAUUGCAUCACUGACUCAUUGACGAUUUACGAUUCCCUGAUGCCAAUCAAAAGUAAGGUACUGAAUCGAAUUUGUGAGCCAACCAACUCACUUAUAUCUUUUGUUUCUACAAACAAUAUGAUGCUGGUUACCCUGAAGUCCACAAAAGUGGACACAGUGAAAGAAAUCCACAGCUCUUUUGAAGUGAUUCCACAAGAAAAAUGUGGCAAAGCUAUCCAGGCAUUAGGAAGUGCUGGCUUGGAAGGGAGAAUCACAAGUCCAUAUUACCCAAGUUAUUACCCUCCAAAAUGCAUUUGUUCAUGGAAUUUCCAGACUCCUCAGAAGAACCUUGGUAUAGCAUUGACAUUUCAUAACUAUACGAUCAGUGAAAAGAGCAUUAAAGGCUGUGAGCAUGGAUGGUGGAAAAUUAAUGAACGUAUGUACUGUGGCUAUUACAUUGCUCAUCAAACAAUAUUCCGUGUUGCAAGCUUUGUGGUUAAUGUUGAGUUCCAAUGUAGUUCCAAGCUUUCAGAGAGGCCACUUCUGGUGGAAUAUGUAAACUACAACAUCAGCCAACCUUGUCCUCAUGGAUCUUUUGAGUGCCACACUGGAUUAUGCAUUCGCCAGGCUCAACGCUGUGAUGGGAUCAAUGACUGCUUUGAUGAAAGUGAUGAGCUCUUUUGUGAUGUGUCCAAACAAAGCUGCAACACCAGCUUUUUAACACAGCAACAUUCCCUUUUCUGUGAUGGAAUCAUUGACUGCAAAGAUGGUCAAGAUGAACAAAGCUGCACUGAAAGCAUUCCCUGCACCAACAAUACUUUUAAGUGCAAUAAUAACAUUUGCUUCAGAAAAAGAAAUGCAAAAUGUGAUGGGAUAGUGGACUGCCUUGACAGAAGUGAUGAAAGCAAUUGUAGUUGUGGCAGUACAAAAUACAGUCAUAAACUGCACCGGAUUGUGGGGGGUUCUGAUACGCAAGAAGGUGAAUGGCCGUGGCAAGUCAGCCUCCUUUAUGGUGGAGUUGCUUAUUGUGGUGCGUCGGUUAUAUCAAAAGAAUGGCUUCUCUCAGCUGCUCAUUGCUUUCAGGGAAACAGAUUAUCAGAUCCCAGAACCUGGAUAGCUCAUUUGGGAAUGCGCACUAAAGGGAAAGCCAAAUUCAUCUCUCCUGUGCGAAGAAUCAUUGUUCAUGAAUAUUAUAACAGUAGAAAUUAUGACUAUGACAUUGCCCUGCUACAGCUAAGCACACCGUGGCUUGACACAAUGAGAUGGCUAAUUCAACCGAUAUGUGUACCACCUACCAUACACAAAGUGCACACUGGGGAGAAGUGCUGGGUAACAGGCUGGGGACAAAAGCAAGAAGCAGAUGAUGAAGGAUCAGCAAUACUACAAAAAGCAGAAGUAGAAAUUGUGGACCAAACACUGUGUCAUUCAACAUAUGGGAUUACCACAGCACGGAUGCUGUGUGCUGGGGUGGUGUCUGGGAAAAGGGAUAGUUGCAAAGGAGAUUCUGGAGGACCUCUGUCAUGUCGAAGCAAAGGUGAUGGAAAGUGGUUUUUGAUUGGAAUUGUCAGUUGGGGUUAUGGCUGUGGAAGAGCCAAUUUUCCUGGAGUAUACACAAGGGUGUCAAAUUUUGCUACAUGGAUCCGCAAAUAUGUGCCUUCAGUUUUUUAA